UUUAUAUACCUACCUAUUAGAUUGAUUGAAAGAAGCAAAGCGUAUUAGAGAAAGAAAUUAAUUAAGAGAAAUUUUAACAAUUUUGACGAUGAAUUCCAGCCGCUCCACGUCCAGCUCGUCGUCUGGUAGCACCUCCAGCAGCGGAAGUACUAGUUGCUCCGACACUACAGGCUCUUCUUCGGAUACCGAAACAUCUUCAAGUGGUGGACAUGACAACAAACCAAAACUUCCCACAACAAGGCGCAAAAGUUCCGAAAAGGGAACAGGACAUCAAAAUGAGAUGGAUAUGAAAACACCCUCUAAAGGCAAUCCCCCAAAUGGCGGGACAAAAUCGAAUAAACCCUGUUCAUAUUCCAGUGACGAAGAUACACCACCAACUAAGAAGCCUGUAAAGAGAACAAGCACAACAUCAACAACUACACCAACGACAACGGCCAGCCAACAGCGUAGAAAGAAUUCUGGGACAUUUACUCUAACUGCAUCCAAGUUACAAUCCCAGGCGAAUAAAACGACAGCCGCUCAGGCAGAAGAUGUUGCCAUCAAUGAAAAUAAGACUCCCAAAAUCGUCUCAGAACAAAAGGAAAAGCCACAACCGGUGGUGGCGCAGAUUCCAGAAUCAGAAAAGCCAACAACGUCAGGAACUGGCACUGCUAAACGUAAACCAAAUGAACCACCGCUGACCAAGGCAGCAGCAAAGACAUCGAACAAUAACUGUCCUCCCGAACCCACUAUCAAAGGUAAACAACCACCAGCCAAACGUAGCAAUGGACCUCCUCCCCCAAAGAGUACUCCAACAGCGGCAAAGAAAAAGUGUUCCGAUGAGUCUGAAUAUGAUAGCAUUUCAGGAUCGGAAGAUGAGACCAGCACAACAAGUAGUGAGACUGAUAGCAGUGAUACAUCAUAUUCCUCGAAGGCGGGAAGAGGCAAGCGGGCAAAGGCCAGACUUCAGGCGGCCAAGAACAAAAAUGACCUAUCCAACUCGGAUGAUGCCGGUAAUGCUCCCAAAGACGUAAAGAAUAGAAAACUUACACGAUCACUGAGCAAUAGACGUUCCCAGCAGCAGUUGAAAUCAUCAGCUGGUGCAGGACAAUUUUGUACGGAUAGUGAGUCGGAGAUCGUCAAUGGGGAAUCUGGAAAGCGCGGCCAUUGUAAGACACCAACAAAGAAGGCCUACCUUGGCUUGGGUGGUAGUUUGAGUAAAUGCACUGUGAAGAAAGAGGCCACAAACAACAACGGAUUUGCUCACAUGCCACGGGCGCCGUCUCCACCGCAACAUGAGAAACGUUGUCCUGUUGAAGGCUGUGAUUCUUCGGGACAUUUAAGUGGCAAUUUGGAUCGUCAUUUUCUUCCUGAAGCCUGCCCCAUUUACCACAACAUGUCUGUCUCUGAAUGUAAAGAGAGGGCCAAUGAACGUAAGUUGCGAGAGGAAGCCCGGGCCAAGUUUGCAUCGAAUACCAAUAAUUUGGAUGGACAAAAAAUGGUGCCAUUUUCCAAACAUACUCAAACGCCAGAACAGAGGGAAUUCUAUAAUAGAAUCAAGGAAUCGCGGGCUCGCUUCAAGCCAAUUGCCGAAGCUGUGAACAGUGACAAAGUAAAAUUGGAGAAAGACUGCAAUGAUGAUGAUCGUGAAGCGAAUUUAGUGGGUCUAGUGCCAGACUAUGAUUUACAACUGUUUCGGGACGCCCAGGCUUUGGCCAGUGAGAAAAUAGAGGAGGAAGUGAAAGACUUACCCAUUGGCAAGGGCAUCAAGUACAUUACCAUGGGAAAAUACAAAAUGAAAGUGUGGUAUCAAUCACCCUAUCCGGAAGAUGUUUCUCGCCUGCCACAGAUGUACAUUUGCGAAUUUUGCUUGCGUUACCAAAAAUCAGAGACCGGCAUUAAACGCCAUGCACAGAAGUGUGUUUGGCGUCAUCCUCCCGGUGAUGAAAUUUACCGCAAGGGCAAGCUCCAAGUUUGGCAAGUCGAUGGAAAACGUCACAAGCAAUACUGUCAACAUUUAUGUCUUUUGGCGAAAUUCUUUUUGGAUCACAAAACCCUCUACUAUGACGUUGAGCCGUUCCUGUUCUAUAUCAUGACCUUGGCCGACAGCGAUGGAUGUCAUAUAGUGGGAUACUUCAGUAAAGAAAAGAAUUCCUUUUACAAUGUGUCCUGCAUACUUACCCUGCCGCCAUAUCAAAGGAAAGGUUACGGAAGAUUACUCAUCGAUUUCAGUUAUCUUCUGACCAGGGUGGAGGGAAAAAUAGGUUCGCCCGAAAAACCCCUCUCGGAUUUGGGAUUAAUCUCAUAUCGUUCGUAUUGGAAAGAUGUACUGCUGGAGUAUUUAUGCAAUCGCACAGGAAAUACUUUAAGUAUUAAAGAUGUGUCACAGGAAAUGGCCAUUUAUUCAUAUGACAUUGUCAGCACUCUGCAAGCUCUGGGUAUGAUGAAGUACUGGAAAGGCAAACAUAUUGUGCUCAAAAAACAGGAUGUCCUGGACGACUAUGAAGAACGCAUCAAACGGCGUGGCACUUUCCCCAAAAUCGAUGAGAGCUGUUUGCGUUGGAUUCCCUUUGUGCCGGCACAGAACAAUAGCUCCCCCUGAAAAAGGGUUAUUCCUAACUAUGAUUAAGUCUUUAUUUUGUCUGUUACACAAUGCUACAUAAUUUGAGAAAAUCUUCGAAUAAUUUCAAAGUGGAAGUAUUUGAAGAAAAAUAAUAGUUUUUAUAUUCGAAAACAAAUGAACAACAACACAGUUACUUGAAAACUAAUGCGACACUUUACAAUUUUCAAUGUAGCACUGUGUAAUUAUUUUUAUUGUCGCCCACUCUCUCUCUCUCUCCUGUUCUUCAUUUUUCCAAACGAUUAUUAUUUAUUGUUUGUUUUUUGUUGUUUUUUCGGCUGGUAUGUAACCAAAAGAACCAAUUGUGAAUUUGAUGAACAAAAGAAAUAUUUAACUUUAAGGUCACAACACAAUAUCCUCCCAUGUUCCUCGACUCCACUCCACUUCACUCCAUUGCACUGCACUGCCCCGUACCCAGCAACAACCACACAUUUGAGUUUCUUUAUUUGUUUCUUUGUUCGCUUUACAUGGAUGGUGUAUUGCUUGCAUUCAAUGGAAGCUUUAGUCAGACACCAAUCGUUCGCUGGACAAACAGAGAGGCAAGCAGGCAGGCAGGCAAGAAAGCAAAUGGACGAACAAUGAACAGAUACAUCAUCGAAAAGCACACACAAAGCAAAGCACUGAACAGUGGUGCUGAGAAUUUGGCAGUGAUUAGUCACACAUGCGCUUAUUCAGGUACAUGCCGACCAACCCGAUGUACAUCUACUUAUGUACCCACUCGUACACAUGGAUUGUUGGUACAUAAACGCCUGCCUGCCUGCCUGCAUAUAAGUACAUCACCGCUAGCUCACUUGCUGCACAUGGGUUUCUCCUACAUUGUUGUUGACUGCUGCACGAAAUGAAACAUUGGUUUCAAGUCAGUUCAUUCCUCCCCGCUGUCUUUCUCCUCCUACGGGUUCGGUUUCAUGUCUCUUUCAACUUUUGCCGGUUUUUACAAAUUUUCUUCGUGCUGCAGUCCGCCCAAAAACUAUCAAAGUUGCAGCUCAGAACUUAUAGUAUAUAAUAAAAAUAUUGUUACAUAGCGUCGAUACAUACCUACAUAUACCCCGUAUACAUAUACUACAUACAAAUAUAUAUACUUAUGAUUAUAUAGUAAAAUGAAAUAUAACUAACUAACAACAAAAACAUAAAAUAGUAUAAAGAAAGCCGAAACUCACUCUUUAGGUGUAGAUUUUUACAGGAACAGCAACAAAAAGACAUUUUGUAAAUUCAUUCGUUGAUAUUUUUCAGCAAAUAAAUAAAUAAUAGUAAUAAAAUUAUAAGAACUAUUGUAAA